AUGGCUAUGACAACAGUUGCAGUACCACCUUCGAUUCUUAAACCAUCUGCUGGUUUAGUAGGAGCAUCGAAAUGGCCAAAUGAUCUUGCUUGUAUUGACAAAUAUAAUUGGCUAUUACAUGUGAUGUAUGGUCGAGGUGAAUAUGAUCGUAUUCAACAAUUUAUUCGUAGUCAAUCGCAAAAAAACUCCUAUAUGACUUAUGUUCAAGCACUUGUACAUCGGCAAGAAGGACGUAUUGUUGAAGCACUUGAUCUAUUUCAAACAUGUGUUCUUGAAAAUCCAUCAUUAAUUAAUAUCAAACAAGUUGCUAAAUCUUUAGCAUUACUCGGACGCUAUCGUGUCGCUAUUGAUGCAUACAAAGAAGCUUUAACACGAACAAGUACUGAUUGGGAAAUUUUCCACAAUUUAGGUUUAUGUUAUAUGCAAUUACGCGAAUUUACAGAAGCUAAACAAUAUCUAUUACAAGCAUUACAAGUAUCAGAAAUUCAAGAAGCAUCUUAUUUAGCAUUGGGAAAAAUCUAUAUGUUAGACGGUGAACGAGAUGAAGCCGAAGCAAUAUUUGAACGAGGUGCUAGACGUAAUCCGGAAUCACCAACACUUUUUACUCAACUUGGUCUUUUAGCUUUUGAAAGAGCUCAUUAUACGAAAGCAUUCGAAUGUUUUGGUACAGCACUAACAUUUUGUCCAACACAUACUCCCGCUAUAAUGGCAGCAUGUCAAGUUAUACAGAAACAUGGUGAUGCUGAUGUUGCCCUGUCGAAGUAUCGUAUUGUUUAUGGACGAAAACCUGAAUGCGCACAAGUAUGGAAUAACAUUGGCAUGUGCUUUUUUUCGAAAAAGAAAUUCGUCGCUGCUGUUAGUUGUUUAAAACGUGCGAAUUAUUUAGCACCUUUUGAGCUCUAUAUUUUAUAUAAUUUGGCACUUGUACAUUUAUAUCUACAACAAAACGCGUCAGCAGCAAUUUUUCUUCAGUCAGCAAUUCGACUCAAUCGAAAACAUGCACCAAGUUAUGCAUUAUUAGGUGUCGCCCUAUCAAAACUCAAUGAUCCAGAAAAUGCUUUACGAGCCUAUACAUAUUCGCUUAAACUAAACCCAACAGAUCCCACGACCUUACUUAAUUAUGCUAUUUUUCAGACGAAUACAGGUGUGCCGAAAUCAAAAAUUGAUACUACUCUUCAACAAUUUUAUCAAUCAUAUACUGAACGAGCAUCUUCAGUUAAUCAACGUGAACUUGAUGCAUCGAUGUUAGAAAUCGCUGGCAAACUAGUUGCACCCAUAUCAGGAACUGUAUCACAAUCGACAUAUGCACCACAACCGCUACCACUACCAAAACCGGCAAUACCUGCUCAACAAGAACAAGCUGAUGCGCCAUCAACAUUCGUAUUUUCACCAAGAAAACCGACUGAAGUGAAAGCAAACGAUGAGGAUGUUGUGCCUAACAAUCCUGCCCCAGAAAUGCCAGUGGUUAAAACGAAGAUUUUCGAUGAUGGACGUCAUAGAAGACAACGAGGAAAAGCAUUGCCUGUUUUGCCAUCGCAACCAGAUCCUGCUCAAAACGAUAGACAAGACGAGUCUACAGCUUUCUAA